AUGGACGUUUUGAGAAAGUGUUACGAGGUUACGUGUUCUCUUCGGGAAUAUGUUGAACUUCAUCUACAAGAAUUCAGCGCUAGUGAAGCUUUGGAAAGCUUUAUGAAUUCAAGCAUGGUGGCUUGUAAUGCCGACACGAACAUGCGCCUCGAUGGAGCUUUCACGACCAACAAAGCAAGCACGAUGGACGAGCUACUGGAGUUCGUUAUAACUCGAGCCGCCGCCAAAGGCAAAAUGCGAGACAACGGUUGUCUUUGGGAUAUAGACGGAGCCAAAUUCGACCGGCAGUGA